GUGCGUUUAUGGGCGGGGUAGAUUCGCAUAUAAAAACGUGCGCGUCUUUUUGCGACAGUAUAAUAGAGCCGUGUGCCGUGCCUAGUAGACUAAAAAUCGGAGGAGGUAAGAUGAUGGCCGAGCGAGGCAAGGUCUCAAGGACCAUCGAAGACCUCAGAGAAUUCAAAGACAAAUUCAAGCUCUCUGGGGAGAUAGAGCGAGACCUGAAAAAAUUCCACCAAAACUUUAACCUGCAGACGACAGCCAAGAACGGAGAGAUACCAGGACAAGAGACAAAGGAAGCACCCAACACACUCUCCCUGUUGACUCCGUCGCGAUCAGCCGCACACAACAACAACAUCCACAAGAAGAAGAGGCAUAGAAAACAGCCACCCAAAGCUCUUCAGUUCACAGAUGUGUAUGAACUCGUGGGAGACGAAUUGGGGAGAGGGGCUUACUCCUCUGUGGCUACUUGCCGCCGCAGAGAUGAUGGGAAAGAGUUUGCCGUGAAGAUUGUGCCGAUGGACAAGCCGGGAGUGAGGGAAAAGGUUCUGAGGGAAAUAGAAAUUCUCUACCUCUGCAGGAACAACAGGAACAUCCUCCAGCUGAUUCAGCCGUUUGAAGAGGAGAACCAAUUCUUACUCGUUUUCGAGAAAAUGCACGGAGGUUUGUAGUACGGACAGGAACACGGUGCCAACUGACCUCCCCCCUUCCUCUCUUUCCUCCCUCACAUACACACACACACCCAGGUCACCUGCUGGCCCACAUACAGAGGAGGGAGAGGUUUGUGGAGCGAGAGGCGGCAGAGGUCACGCGAGAGGUGGCUACAGCUCUGGCGUUCCUCCACGAGAACGGAGUGGCUCACAGAGAUCUCAAACCCCAGAACGUACUCUGCCUCAAUAAGGACCAGGUUAUUCCAGUCAGGAUCUGCGAUUUCGACCUCAGUAGCAUGGUCGUUAACCCAGCCACACCCACCAAAACACCGAUUCUCUUCACUCCCGUUGGCUCAGCUGAGUUCAUGGCGCCCGAGGUGGUGGAGACCUUUACCGGGGACGCCUUCUCCUACGACAAGAAAUGUGACCUGUGGAGUCUUGGAGUGAUGCUGUACAUGAUGUUGAGUGGCCGUCCUCCGUUCUCUGGGCGAUGUGGUGACGACUGUGGAUGGGACAGGGGAGAGGAGUGCAGCAAAUGUCAGGACAUGCUGCUGUCGAGUAUCACAAAUGGACAUUUUGAGUUCCCGGACAAGGGUGUGUCUGGGGGAAUGUUCUGCCAACACACCAUGUACCUCUAUUUGUGUCCCUAUGAGUGGGCAGGGGUGUCAGAGGAGGCCAAGGACCUCAUCAUGAAGCUGUUGGUGAGAGUCGCAAAUCAGAGACUCUCGGCUAAACAGGUCCUGCAGCACCCCUGGGUGCAACAGUGUGGAGAGGCCCCAGAGACACCUCUUGGUACUCCAGGACUGCUCAACAGAGUCCCUAGAUUGACUGAUGAUCUGGGAAGAUUUGCAGCCUCCUGCGCCCACUACUCUCGACAGAUCUCAUCCACCGAGUACCGAGUUGCUGACCACACCCACUUACCCACCAGUCCCGCCCACCCAAUUACCCUGUCUCCACCCGGCUCCUCUUGUCUAGCCGUCCGGAGGAAGAACCCGGACUCUGACCUCUCACCAGAAAACCACACCCACAACAUUCACUCACCAGCAAAAUAGCUUCUGCUCGUCUAUAAUAGGAUCUUUUGUAUGUAAAUAUCAGCAUUUUCAACAGUUUGUACGUUUCAAAACUCAAUAAUGUACGAAAUGAGCCACCGUAAGAAAAGCGGAAAACCUUUAAUACAUUGUGAAUAGUUCAGGCUGGUAUAUAGGUGCUGUGAGAUGUUAAAAAAACAUGGAGGGCUCCUAUUUUCUUCUCAUGACUGAUUCUUGUGACCGUCUUCGAAACGGUUGAUUCUCUGGGAGAGAUUUCUCUCCUGGUCUCCACCCCUCCGGGCAGACCUCCCCGUGAAGGUCAGUGAACUGAAAAGCCUGAACCAAUCUGAAGAUUUCGUCGAUAUUUCUCCCCACCUCUAUGUCAUUGACUGUCGCACUGCGGACUAUCCCUUUAGUGUCGAUAAUGAAAGUACCUCUAUAUAUAUACAAUGACAGAGGAAGAGGAAAUGAAGAAACAAAACACAUCAUAAACAAACAAAUUGGUUGGCAGCCAGAAGUUGUAGCACAAUACAUGAACGACACUGGCCGUAUUACAGAAAUAAUCAUAGGGGCAACUGGACAUUAGUAAGUCUAUCCAGCGAUGUGUUUGGAGCAAACAUAAGAUGAUCACAUUCAUGCAGCACACACGGCUAUUUAUUCCCUGGAGUUGUCUGUGCACAAAACAGCUAAGAACGAGGCUUAAAAACUUCCACAGAACGUUUUACUAAGAACUCAUCAAAAGAAGUGGUGCAGGGUCCACACGUACCUGAGAGCCACUCCCUGAGACUC